AUGACUGCGCUUCAUCGAGCAGCUCAAUUGCAUGAUACAGAGGCCGUUAGGCUACUUCUGGAAUACGGUGCUGACCCUAACGACACUAUAGUAUCAUCGAUCGAUGAAACUGCUCUACUUUUAGCACUCGAAAGGCCUGGCGGAACUGAUAUUAUUGCAUUGUUGAUAGAGAACAAAACGAAUCUCCGGGCUUCUCUUCAUCAGGACUUGCACAGCGCUAGUAGUCAGCCCUUUAAUCAAUACCUAAUUGAGGCCGUGACUAACAAAGACUCUAAGUCGGUGGAGCUGUUGGUUGAUAAGGGGGCGGACAUCAAUGUCCUUCCAGCACUUUGUCAACCAUCAGCUCUGCAAACGGCGAUUGAGGCUGAUGACAUAGAAAAGGUCGAUAUGUUACUCGCUUUGGGGGCUGAUCCUAUUGGUCGAUUACCGUCCAACUUUUCUACAACCGAUUCCGAAUUAACGCUUCCGCUCACAGCUGCUGCGCGAUAUCAUGGCACGAUAGCAACUCAAAAGCUGAUUCGCGCGGGCGCAAAUAUCGACGAUUUCAUACCCUCAUGCUCAAAUGCUGUGUAUUCAUAUCGAUGGUCUAAAACCAAUCAGACGGCACUUCAAGCAUCUAUUGAAAGCUGCAAUUACGACAUUACUCGGCUCUUGUCAAGACACGGCACUGAUCCUAACAUCCGAGACUGCACUACUUCAACGGCAUUGCAACAGGCGGCGCGGGCAUUCUGCCACCACCAAGGACAAUGGGAAAUCAUUAUCCUGUUACUACUCUCGGGUGCAGAUGUUAACACCUCUCCGACUGUUGGGUGUGAGAGCGAAAAUGUCUUGCAGGCUGCCGCACGAACCGGCGAUCUCAACCUGAUGAAAUUACUCAUGUAUUUCGGCGGUAAUCCUUUCAUAAAGACAUUCGACCUGGAGUCCUUGACAUUGAAGUCCUUUACGUGCUUUCCAGCAGCCAUUAUGUCAGAAAACAUGCACUUGGUGUUAUUCUUGUAUGAUCUGGGCGCCGAUAUUAAUGAGCCUGCCGAAGCUGUGAGGCAAACAGCUUUACAAGCAGCAAGACCACGUUUAGUUUGGGCAUAA